CAAAAUCCGAAGCUUCCUCAGUCUGAAAGGAAAAUUCGUGCGAAAAGGAUCCUCCGUCUCCUUUGUCUGUGUUUUUUGCAUAAAUAUAUAUCACAAAAAUAUAUAUAUUAACUAUAUAUAUUUUUCGGCCCAUCGGUAGCCCGAAAGCCAAGAUCUCCUAGCUUGAGCAGCUAUUUAGGCGAAAAAACAAACAAGCAGGAACAGUUCUUGUUGUUGUGUUGUUCCAUUUUCGAACCUGUUAAUUGUGCAAUUUUCGAGUUGAUUUUCCCAGUUUGGAAAAAUCACCCGUUCCACCAGGCUAGUGCAAAAUCGAAAACUAGAUAAGAAACAAGUGUGCAAUUUUCCCCGAUUUUUCUUCCUUGAGGAUCGAACAUUUUUCCUUUCGGAUUCACCAAAAUAAACCCUUAAUUUAAUCUCUCUGUGAUCACGGUGUGUAACAGGCUUAAAGUCAGCGAAAAAAUAGUUUUUCUGUUCGAGCUCGAAAUAAGAAAAGCUAGCUCCCCCCCGCGAAAACAAAGAGAAAACUUUUGCUUCGCUUGAAAGAAAAUCUAGUGAAGAAAAAAAAACAAACUCUGUAAGCUGAGAGAACUGAACAGUUUGUGAACGCGAUAAGCAAUAAAUAGUUGCAAAAAAAAGCAAACAGCAAAAAGUACGCGAAGCAAAUUUGCUACACUUUUUCCUAAAAGCUUCAAGUGAAAAAUUCAAUAAUCAAACGGUGAAAAACUCAUCCCCGCGCGCGCUCGUUCGAGAAAAACAAAGUUCUAGCAGCAGGAAAAGUCAGAGCGUGCGAGAGAGAGAGAGAAAGAGAGAGCGCGGAAAAAGCAGUCCAGCAGUUUUCCCCCGCGUCCGCGCAAAGUUCGCUUAAAUGAGUGAUACAACCCAGAAAUGUUUCGGAAAAACUGGUGGAUUCUCUAUAAAUUUUAAUCAAGACUAUACAUCGCUCUCCGUGGUAUCCAAGCAGGGCUACCGGCUGUUUUCCCUAUCAUCCGUUGAUCGCGUCGACGAGAUCUUUGGCACCCAUGACGAGGACACGAAAAUCGCCGAGCGGCUGUUCAGCAGCAGCCUGGUCGCGGUCGUCACCGCGAGCGAGCCGCACAAACUUAAGGUGUGUCACUUCAAGAAGCGGCGGGAGAUCUGCAACUACAGCUACCCGUCGGAUAUCCUGUCGGUGAAACUGAACCGUUCGCGGCUGGUCGUCUGCCUAGUGGACAGUAUUUAUAUUCAUAAUAUCCGUGAUAUGAGACUGCUACAUUCCAUCAACAACAUGUCCAGCAAUCCGGCCGGGUUGUGCACGCUGUCGCUGUCGUCGCACCUGGCGUACCCGAUCUCUGCGACGACCGGCGAGCUGCAGGUCUUUGACGCAGGCAAUUUGACCUCGCGGCUCAAGAUCAAGGCGCACGACUCGACGCUGUCGGCGAUGAACUUCUCCUUCAACGGGACGCUGCUGGCGACGGCCUCGGAGAAGGGCACCGUCAUCCGGGUGUUUUGCGUCAAGAACGGCCAGAAGGUGCACGAGUUCCGGCGUGGCCUCAAGCGCCACGUCAGCAUCGGUUCGCUGAACUUUAGCAUCUGCGCGAGUUACGUGGUGGCGAGUUCCAACACCGAAACCGUACAUAUCUUCAGAAUCGACCCCAAGUCGAUUGAGCAGGCCGAACGUCGAAACUGCAUCGACAGUGGGGCCACGACCCCGCCGGCGUCCCCAACCACCAACAACAACGAGGGCGAGUCGGACGACUCAGCCGGGGACAAACCCGCCAGUGAGGACACCGGCAGUGGAGGCGGCUGGGGCAUGGGCUUCAUCACGAAGGCCGUCACGGCGUACUUCCCGACCAGCGUCGUUACGGACGUGUUCUCGCAGGACAGGGCGUACGCGACGGUGCAGCUGGCCGAGGCUGGACUGCGCUACGAGUGCGUAAUCGCGAAAGUGGAGAAGGAGACGCGACUGCUGUUGGCCUGCGAGGACGGCUUCCUGUACAUGUACAGCUUCGACGACUCGAAGGGCGGCGACUGCAAGCUGAUUCGGGCGCACGAUCUGCGCAUGCCGUUGCACGGAAUCACAGAGGUCGACAUCGGCGGCAACGAGAACGACACCUCGGUGCUGAACGUCGUCUCGAUGACGGCGUCGAUGAUGCCCGCCCCGGGCACGUACGCCGGCGUCCUCAAGGGCCGCCCGGGCGACAAAAUGUCAGCAGACUCGGACCGCUGCCGGGAUCUGCGCGAGGCCGUUGAGUACCCGGUCAAGAACACCAUUCCGCUGUACGACGACAUGCAGUUCCCGCCGGUCACCCCGAUCACCGUGGAAUGACUCGCCGGCGGCGUCCGGACGCCCAAGAUCAGCAGCACCGUUAGCACCGGCAAGAGGCGUCACGCCAAGUAAGACGGAACUAUGAUGUGGACCGACCGUAGCGCAGCGAAACCCCCGGAAUUUGUGGUUUUUUUUUUCUUUUCUUCGUUUUUAAGUGUACAGUUCUUAAGAUGUGUAUCUCUCUGUUAUUGCUUUUAAAGAACCAUUUUUAUUUCACUUUCGUAACUCUGUUUAAGAUGUAGCGUUUAUCUUAUGUGUCUUUUUUAAUUUUAAGCAUCCAUAUAUAUAUUCAUAUUCUGGAAAUAAACAAUUUUUCUUCACCCUUGAAUCAUGUACUUUCAAAAGGUUGGCAAAACGUAAACUCUUUCGGUAGGAUUUCCAAGUGAUAAGUAUAACUUGCCCGUGGUAUUCGGAUCGGUGAGUUCUUCAAGCAAAAAUCUCACUCUUCAUUUGAACGAGAAAACACUAUCUUAAAGUGUGUGUCGCUGCUGAAAGUAAUACAAAGUAAAACAAUAAGCAAUAGUAUUGAAGUCGAGUCAGCAGCUAAUUGAAAAAGAAAAAGAAAAAUGGUUAAGUUGUUAGGUUAAUCACGCAAAUAACACUUUAUUUUGGUUUUCCCUCUGUAGCUUUUUUUAUAUACUUUACUUACCCUCCAAACAACAAAAUAAAAGUUACACCGAAUGGCAAAGAGCGAGGACAGAACAAUAGCAAAAUAUCGUCGUUUCAGCAACUGCCAUAAAGGACGAACAUAAAAAAAAAACAAAAACAAGUAAGCACUAGUAGUGGAUUGUGAAAAACCUGAAAAAUGAUACCAAAAACAGUAUAAAAAAACUCCGUGUAAAAAUCUACAAAAAAUACUCAUUGUUAAGUUAUUUUUUAAGCAUUCAGCUGUGUAAGAAUACAGAGAGAAACAAAAAAAAAAGAUAAAACAAUUAUAUUUUCCUAUUUAUUAUUUAGAACAAGCUGUAAAUAUCUGAACCAACUUAUUUUAUGCCUUUCCAAUGCUUCCCGUUUCCCCUUUCAGCAAAAAAAAUUAAAAAAAAAACAGUUGCAACCUUUUAUUUCCAUUACUGACACACACACACCAGCAAAUGCAACCACGCGCUGAUCAGAAAGCACAAGUUUAAUCUUAUAUAUCUGUGAGAAAACGGAAAAAAGUUGAGAAAAAAAUUAUAAAAAAUAUUUCGAAAACGUACCUAAAAAAUUUAAUUAUUACGAAACGAAACUUAACAAAGGGCGAAGGCCCCCUUUCAUAAGUGGUAAACCAUCCCGUCGUGUUAAGAAACUGAAAACAGGAAGCAAAGCAAGAGUAAUGGAAACAAUGUGUGUUUGAAUGUGCACUAAUGGUAUCGAAAGAAUAAUAAAUAAACGCAAAAAAAAAACAAUACAAAAAAAGAAUUUAUUUAUCAACACACACACACACAACCACAACUGAGAGAGAGACAAGUUGACCCACAGAAAAAAAAACAAGCAAAAAGAAGGUCAUCACAUCAAUAAGUAGCAAAAAUUCUUUUAACCCAAAA